GUGGUGAUUGGUGGAAAGCAGCAUUGCGGUUCGGAAGUGAGUGCCGGUCAUGACAGCAGAGACACAAAGAUGGAGGUGGUUGGUACUAUCCGCGGGCUCAUCAGGUCGUUGCUCUUCUUGCUGCUGUGGUCCAGCUGUGAAGGACGAGACUCGGAGCUCAGCUAUGUGACCUGCGGCUCUCUAGUCAAACUGUUUAACACCAGACACAACGUCCGACUGCACUCCCACGACGUUAAGUACGGCUCAGGUAGUGGACAGCAGUCUGUAACUGGAGUGGAGAACGCAGAUGAUGCCAACAGCUACUGGCAGAUUCGUGGGAAGCCCAACAAUCCAUGUCUGCGUGGUGCUCCCAUCAAAUGUGGCCAGGCCAUUCGCAUCACACACAUGAAGACUGGACGAAACCUCCACACACACCACUUCAGCUCUCCUCUGUCUAAUAACCAGGAGGUGAGUGCUUUCGGAGAGAACGGCGAGGGUGACAACCUGGACGUGUGGACGGUUCAGUGUGAAGGCAUUCACUGGGAGCGCGACGAGGCUGUGCGCUUCAAACACGUGGGCACCGACGUCUUCCUGAGUGUGACGGGCGAACAGUACGGCCACCCCAUACGUGGACAGCGGGAGGUGCACGGCAUGAGCUCCCCCAAUCAGCACAACUGGUGGCGUACUAUGGAGGGCGUCUUCAUCCAGCCCAGCCAGGAACCGCUGCGCCACGAUGAACUCUGACAUCAUCAUCAUCAUCAUCAUCAUCAUCAUUAGGAGACAUGAGCAUGGACAUGCUUCUGCCUGGACCUGAUGUAUGACUUGACUGAGAAAUCUUUUCUAUGUGAAGCACUCGGGGUGUUUUGUGACAUGAAGGGGGUUGGCAGGCAUUAUUUGUGUGUACGUAGUGUAGCCUCAAUAUGUUCUUUCAGCUUCUUCCUUGGAGAAUGUGAUGAGGGAUAACAUUGAGCCAGGGGAGAUGCAUGAGGAUGGCUAUAGUCCUGAAGAAAACUAUAAUUUGAUUAAUUUUGUCCAGAAAUACAUAAUGACAUGUACUGUAUGUAAUAAAGCCUUUCUUUAUUUCAUAUUUGGUGUAUAUAGGUGUAAUUAGAGCACACUUCACUGUCUGUCUUUUCGCCACUGUUCCUGUGUUUGCAAGGUUAUGGUAUCUGGAUUCUUUGCUGAGCUUAUCUAAGCUUAGCAGAUUGUCUAGGUGUCUCCUGCUACCUUAACUCUAGCUGCUGCAUUGGGAUUGGCACAACACAAGACUGGCUCCAUUAUUGAUCCUGUCAGCCUUUCUGUUUACACUGCAGUGUACAACCUGCCAGACUCACAAGGUGGCAGAAUACUCCACCUCAGUGCUGAGUCCAAUUACAAUGCUUGGUUAUAUAUUGUAAUGUGUAACAGUUGAUUGUUUUACUGUGCUUUGUAGAGUGUUGCAAUGGAGGAAAACCCGUAUCUUGUGACCCCGUAGUCCCCGUAGCACAAUUUUGGAGAUCUUUCACAAAGUGACCACAAGCACUCUGCUCACUGUGAGUUUUCUACUGUGGCUCAGGAGGUAGAGCACUCAGCAUGCCAAAAAUCACUGGGCAAGAUACUAACCCUAAGUUGCAGUAUGAAAGUGCGUGAAUGUUAGAAAGCGCACUCUAGUUUUUUCAUAAAGGCAAACUUUAAGAAUGGCUCUGUGAUGGAGAUCAGGGAGUCUUCAUAUAUCCCAGCAUAGCAGCCUUUGAUACUCGAGUAAUUAACAUAAUUUUAUAAUUUUAAUUAGCCAUUCAUCUUAAAUAGUAGCCUAAGUGAGGAACACGAGUCAUUAUGUUGUGUAUUCAUUCAGCAUAUUUAACAAAUUCAGUAAUACUGAAGCUCCAGUUUUUCAGUGCUGUCAGCAGAUGUACUGUGCUCCAUCCGUCAACAACCACCUCUGCUAUAUUAAGUAAAAACACAAAAGGACCAGCAAAAUGAUGAAUGGAUUGAACAGUGGAAUGACAUCAGUUUUAUUAUUAAAUGUUAAAAUAUGGAAGAUGAUGGUAAACACUA